AUGGCGGGCAUGAGUGGGAAGCGGCUACAGAAGGAGUUGGCCAAGAUCCAAGGCGUCCUCCCCCCGGGCAUCACCCUCGUCUCCGCCCCGGACCUCCAAACCUGGCACAUGGACCUCCGCAUCCUCGACAACCCCCUCUACCCACCCCACGACCACUACCGCCUCAAAUUCUCCUUUUCCAAAAACUACCCCAUCGAGGCCCCCGAGGUCGUCUUCCUACGUCUCACAACCGAUCCACGGCGGGACAUUCCAAUCCAUCCUCAUAUUUACAGCAAUGGCAUUAUUUGCUUGGAUUUGCUCGAUGCCCAGGGUUGGAGCCCCGUGCAUAAUGUCGAGAGUAUUUGUAUAAGUAUUCAGAGUAUGUUGGCGAGUAAUACCAAGGAUGAGCGGCCGCCGGGAGAUGCGGAGUUUGUGAGGAGUAAUCGCGCCAGGCCGAGGGAUAUCAACUUUUUGUAUCAUGAUCCUUCGGUGUGA